AUGGAUCCAAGCAAUCUUCGUAGCCAGUCCUCUAGCUACAUAGGACUGCUUCACAGUCAACAAGGUAGCGUUUUCCAUGAAAACUUUCCUUAUGAAAGUUUUCAUUCUAGUGUUAACUUUGGAGAAUCACAGACUUUUCCGGCUUUCAGUUCACAACAAUCUCAAGACGCACCAGUAGAGACACCAGUACAGACACCAGCAGCCCGUGUUGUAAGACGCAAAUGGAAUCCAGCAGAUGACGAGGUACUGAUCAGUGUGUGGCUUAACACUUCCAAGGAUGCUAUUGUUGCAAAUGAGCAGAGGUCGGGGGCCUUCUGGAAACGGGUUGCUGCUUAUUAUGCAUCAAGUCCUCAUGGAAGAGAGGAUGGUGUGAGAGAGCACGGUUGUUGCAAGAAGAGGUGGCACAGAAUCAAUGAAGAUGUUAACAAGUUCUGUGCCGCAUACUCGGCAGCAGAGCGACAAAUGAGCAGUGGUGAGACUAACACUGACGUUCUGAAGAAGGCGCAUGACAUUUUCUUCUCUGAUCAAGAGCACAAGUUCACACUUGAACAUGCUUGGUGUGUGUUGAGGUAUGAACAGAAGUGGCUCAGCCUUAACACACCCACGGCUGGUGGCGUUUCGAAGAGGAAGAAUGUGGAGAUAAAUUCCCAAACUUCUACCAACGAAGGUGUCAAGGCUGCUAAGGCUAAAAGAAAUUCGGGUUAA